GAGUGUUGUGGAGGCGUGGAAGAGUGAUUGUUGUAAACAAAGUAUUAUGUGUACGAUUAACUGGGUUUGACGAUGGCAAAUGUCGAAGAGGAAGAUAUCCAGGAUGAAGAAAUUAACGAAGUGUUAAUUAAUUUUCCACCAGAAGUUCAGCGUGCCAUUGAACAAGUACUACCAAGCAGUGACCCACUAGAUAAGCCAGAUUUCAAUGCUGUUGACUAUAUCAAUACACUGUUCCCAACGGAACAGUCGCUGUCAAACAUCGACGAUGUUAUUGGCAAUAUGCAGUACAAAAUCAGAUCAAUUGAUGAUGAAAUCCGAUCAGUCGUUAGGGGUCAAACAAAUGUUGGUCAGGAUGGACGUGCAGCUUUGGAAGAAGCACAGCGUGUUAUUCGGCAACUAUUCGUCCACAUAAAAGAUAUAAAAACGAAGGCUGAACAAUCUGAAGAAAUGGUGAAAGAAAUAACGCGAGAUAUAAAACAAUUGGACUGUGCUAAAAGGAAUCUUACUGCAGCCAUCACUACACUGAAUCAUCUGCAUAUGCUGGUUGGGGGUGUCGACAGUCUGCAGGCACUCAUUAAAAAGAGGCAGUAUGGAGAAAUUGAGCUUCCAUUACAAGCAAUAAUGGAAGUAAUGAAACAUUUCCAUAAUUAUAUGGACAUUCCCCAGAUCAAACAACUAGCAGAGCAGGUUAACAAAAUACAUUUGGAAUUAGCAACACAAAUAACAGCAGAUUUCCGUGAUGCUUUUUCUGGUCCUAAUGCCAAACAUUUUGCACCUACUAAACAACUAGCAGAAGCUUGUCGAGUUGUGUCUGUUCUGGAUCCAAAAGUGAAGCGAGACCUCUUGAAAUGGUUCAUUGGUUUGCAACUGGCCGAGUAUUGUCAUCUCUUUCAGGAAAACCAAGAUACUGCUUGGUUAGACAAAAUAGACAGAAGGUAUGCGUGGCUAAAGAGACAUUUACUCGAUUUUGAAGACAAAUUUGGAUCAAUGUUUCCUCCAGAAUGGGAAGUAUCAGAGCGCAUCACAGUAGAAUUCUGCAAUAUUACCAGAGAUGAGCUUUCAAAGUUGAUGCAUAAACGCAAAACAGAAAUUGAUGUGAAGCUGCUUUUAUUUGUAAUACAGAAAACAGCAAAUUUUGAAAGUCUUCUUGCAAGAAGGUUUACUGGUAUCACAUUAGAGGAGACUGAUAGGCCAACUGAGAGAAGAUUGUCGGAGGCAGCUCCUUCAACAAACCCAUUUGAUGAACCUUCUGCUCCAGGUAACCCAUUUGAGGAAGAGACAGAAGACACAAAAUCUAGAGACAGUGCACCAGUUAAGCCAAAACUUUCACCUUUCCAGGGCAUCAUUGGACGCUGUUUUGAACCAUAUCUGUACAUUUAUAUUGAAAGUAUAGACAGGAAUUUGGCUGAACUUAUCGAGAGGUUCAUUCAAGAAACAAAGGAGCAACAGUCUGAUGGGAUAAAUGAUGGCACCGGAAAUGCUGUGAUGUCAUCGUGUGCUGAUUUGUUUGUCUUCUACAAAAAGUGCAUGGUACAGUGCACACAACUCAGUACUGGAGAGGCCAUGCUAGGACUCACAGCCACUUUUCAGAAGUAUCUACGAGAAUAUGCAGUAAAGCUGUUACAGAACAACCUUCCAAAGCUAGCUGCCCCAUCAUCAGGAAUGUCAAACUUGACGAGGGACCUCAGAGACCUAUCAUCAGCUGGGCUGUCUACUGCAGGACUUAUCCAAAACUUCCAAAGCCUUCUGAAAGAAGGAGAAGUAACGAGAUACACCCCAGAGGAACAGGCAAGGGUCUGCAGUAUACUUACAACAGCAGAAUAUUGCCUGGAGACAACUCAGCAAUUAGAAGAGAAGCUCAAAGAAAAAGUUGACCCUGGAUUGGCUGAGAAGAUUAAUCUGUCCCAGGAACAGGAUGUAUUCCACAAUGUGAUCUCCAACUGCAUCCAACUCCUGGUACAGGACUUGGAAUCUGCUUGUGAACCAGCACUGACUGCCAUGAGCAAGAUAUCGUGGCAGAACAUAGACACAGUGGGUGACCAGAGUGGCUAUGUUUCUGCCAUCACUUCUCAUUUGAGGCAGACCGUUCCAGUAAUCAGAGACAAUCUUGUCUCAUCUCGAAAAUACUUCACUCAGUUCUGUAUUAAAUUUGCUAAUUCCUUCAUUCCAAAACUAAUACAUCAUAUAUUUAAAUGCAAACCAAUAAGCACUGUUGGUGCAGAACAAUUGCUACUAGACACUCACAUGCUGAAGACAGUGUUGCUGGAUUUGCCCUCCAUAGGUUCCCAAGUAAAUCGAAAGGCCCCAGCUAGUUAUGCCAAGAUAGUUAUUAAGGGAAUGACAAAAGCAGAAAUGAUACUCAAGGUUGUGAUGGCACCUAGUGAACCAGCAGCAGCUUUUGUAGAUCAGUGCAUCAAGCUUCUUCAGGGUGCAGAUAUUUCAGAGCUACAAAAGAUCCUCGAUAUGAAGGGUCUGCGACGGGCAGAGCAGAGUCAGCUGGUGGAACUGUUCCGCCAAAAACUGCCACCACCUCCUCCACUGGGAGGUAGUCCCAUGCUUGGACCACCGGGUUCUCCGUUGCCACCUCUGGGUCUUGGCAGCCCAGACCACGAGUCGAGUCGCAUCAAGAAGCUUGAAAAACUUAUCAAGAAAAGACUGUGAACUCAGCCAAAGUGCCAGACUCAGCUAUGGCAUGUGCUAAUAGUCUUAAACAGUAACAUGGAUAGCAGUAUCAGGAGCAUUUGGCGCAAAAAGAGGAGCUGUAGUUGUUUUGGAAUAAAAUCAUAGUCAGUACUUUUCCCUCUGUUAAGUAAGUAGAAUAAACUACAAACUGUGCAGUACCAAAGUACAGUUGGUGCUAGAGUCAAAUAGUAAUCACUAAAAUGUGAAUGGGCCAUAGAGUGUGUGCUUCCCAUAAUCCAUUAUACCAUUUGUGCCAGGGCACUCCCCCUAGGUUUUGUGUGUGUGUGUGUGUGUGUGUGUGUGUGUGUGUGUGUGUGUGUGUCUGUCUGUGUAUUUAUUUAUCUUCCUUUCUCUUAACAUGAUAGUGGUUAUUUAUUCAGCUACAAUGCAUAAAGCAGUGAGCUCUUUUGAUGAGGGUGGGAGGGGGGGGGGGGGGGGAGAUCCCUGUAUCCGUCCCCUUCAUUUUUACAUGUGCUUUAAAAAAUGUUUGAAUCAAUUUCAUUGAUUGAAAGCUUAACAUACAAAUACCCUGAAUGCUUUCAAAUGUUUUAUUGCUAGAUAAUGAUUUUUUUACUGUUAUGUAGUUUAUAUAUUUACUACAUCAGAUCUGAGAGCUGUGUUGCCUUCUGGCACCUUUUAAUUCAGUUUUAAAUUGUAAAUAAAAUAUAAGUAGAUGGGCAAUUUUGGAAGUAAAGCAUAUCGUGACAUACAAAAUUAUUUACUAGGCCUACUGGUAUUACAAAAACAUGUUUUCUCCAAAAUCACAUACAGUCUCAUCUGUGUUGCCAUUUAUUUCUCCAAAAAAUUGAAGCAUUUAUCAUAGAUUGGCAUUAGUUUAAGUAGGAUCUCAAAAAAUGAAUGAAUGUACAAUGAUUCAAGUAGUCCACACCUGAACUAUAAAAGACACGUCUGGACACUGAUUGCAUUGUAUUAAUUCUUAAAUCCUCAUUAUGCAGUUAGUAACAGUCCUUUAUGCCUGGGGCUGUGUGAAACAGGGUCCAUCCUUUAUGUGUAGUUCUGUGCAGCGGCCACUCUGAUCCCUGGUCUCUCCAUCUCGCAGAUGCCUUCUUACCUGUUUCACUAUUUUCCCAUCUACUUAUUUUAAUGAUUUGAAAUGCUACACAAACAGUAUGUUGAAUGAAUAUUGUUAUUGUAAUGAAAAUCAGUAAUAUGUCUCUGUGCAGUAAUUUUUAAAGCCAUGGUCUGCUCACAAAGAUAUAUUUUCAGCACCAUGUGAAACUAAAUGUAAUAUUGCAAAAAGUAUCUUUGUGUUGAUUUUAUGGUAUGGCCUGAGGGAAUCGACACAUACAUCCAUAUGUAAUCGGGGGGGGGGGGGGGGUUCUUACCACCAAUGACCUUAUUUCCUUACAAUUUAAAUGAACUUUGGAGCAUAUCUCCCUUUCAACAGUGCCCGUUUAAGCAUUGUAAUUUGCUAUAACUUAAGGAAUUUAUUUUUUGAUGAUACUUUUUCACACUCAAAUUUUGUUUCCAUCAACUGUGAGAGCGUCCAGACACCCUUCUCAUCAUAGCACAACACAACACAAUUAUGAGACUUUUACCAAUGUAAAGGUGCAUUAGGUUGAGAGUACUGUUGCCAGAUUUACUCAGUCCUGUAUACUCCGUAAUGAAUUUGGCUCUAGCUUGAGAAAUUCUAAGAAGGCUAUUUCCUCAAAAGAUGUUUACAUUAUGUCCAAAAUUACUAUAAGAUCGACACUUCAGCAGGAGCAUAUGUAGGUGCAGAAGAUAGUUGUCAAAUACCAUAUGGAACAGGUGUUAUGUUUCAGAAUCGUGCUCAAACUUGCAAAUUAUCAAAUGUACUAAGAUGGCACUGGUAUGUUUUGGAAAAGUUGCACUGUCUUCAUUUUACUUUUAUUUUUAGCAACAACAAAAAUGCAUUUUCUGUUGACAGUGUGAAGUUAUUCACAUUAAAUUUAGAUGAAAAUAUUAUGCCAACAAAAUUUUUAGAAGCAAUCGUGUCCGUAUCAGCUCCAAACUGGAACACAGACAUCUGACCUCUUGCACAAUUUGAUUGCGUUAAAUGUGAUGCAUAAUUUUCCACUCAUGCUUCAAGAACUAAGCAAGUGCCAAAUACUUUCAUUAUGAGAAGUAUGUUGCCAAAACUCUCUCUCUCUCCCCCACCCACCCACCCCACCCCCUCCCACAUCCCCCAUCAACAGAUCAUGGUCACUGUAAGUCCGUAAUGAAAGCCCAGAUUGUGUAAAAUAGUGAAUAAUGAUGUGCAACUAUCUUGAAAAAUGUCUACUUCUAUAAGGAUAAUCAAUAAUUUGCUGAGUUUUGUAUGUACCUUUCCACAAUAAUAAUGUGAACAUGACAAUAUA